AUGAAGCGUUCGAGAGGUGAAGACGAGCAACUGCAUGCUGAAGGCUGGAACUCGUCCAAGAGACGUAACGUCUCAGGCAUAUCCCCUGUCAGAUCUGCGGGCCCGCAUACCUAUACAACAAUUCGCUCUGACGGUGACAACUCCGCCACGCAUACCGCAAAUCCCUCUCCAAGUCCUUCCCAGCAAGAUGGCGAUACAGCCAUGGACCUCGACCCCAUGUCGCCCCCACCCAAGCGGUGGUCUCGCACGCCCUCCCAUCCAGCCUCAACUCCUUCUCGGCCCUCUCCUCUAAACCAUUCAUUGCUGCAAGCCACUGUGUCCGGCGGCAGGAUCCCAACACCCAUCUACGGCGCCUUCAACCACGCCCCGCUAGUCUCGCGGAGCCUCAGCGACGUCAGCAACAUGGACCUCGAAGACCCUCCUCCAACAGGGCUCACUGUAUCGAUACUACAUAAGCAUUCGCUCGGGACCGACCGCCGCAUGCCUUCGCCAAUUGUGGAGAACGAGUUCCCACGAUCUCCGCUGCAUGAUGGAAAACGUCUGACACCGUUGCACCGUCCGUCAGGCCACGACGACGGUGACGGUGACGGCGAGGAGAGUCAAGCGGCCUGGCCAGAGCAGCGGGGCACGCACGAUUACAAUCACGGAACGAAGAGGUGGAAAUUUCACGUUGGAAAGGAUCAGUCGAUGAAUGUUGCUAUCAAUGCCAUCAGGCGACUGGAAUACAAGGUCGAGCAUCUGACGGCUCUCGUGGCUUCGCAACAUGAGACCCUCUCCAUCCGGGCUGUAGACCAGAGUAAUACCGGCGGCCAAAACGGUCAUGCACUCCAUUCUCCAGUCUCGGACUCCACGUAUGCCAUUCAGGAAGCAGAUUCUGCAGCUCUUGGCUCUCUAGAAGGCCUUCCUUCAGGCCCGAAGCCGAUAUCAUUCAGUCAACAUAGGGUCCUGUUCUGGCCAGCCAUGCGAGCGAUGCUUCCAAGAAGUCUCAAGUAUGCGUGCAAAGACCUUACCAGAGAUUAUGUGAUCGACCUGGAGAAUCACCGUCCCACGCUUGACAUGUCGAUCCAGCCCCAUCCUCGGGAUGCUGGAGAUGCCUGGCUGAAUGAGCUCCCCGCUUCUACGAUCAAUGGUCUUUCAUCCGCGUUCUUCUCCACAUUCAACCGCUUGAUGCCAGCGCUGAACAGAUCAAGCUUCACGAACUCCACGUUGGGCGCAGCGUUGGCGAAUGACUUCGGUCACCAGAUUGAGACUUGUCUGGUGCUAGUGGUCAUGGCACUCGGCUGCCUUGCUGUCCGAGGAUAUGAAGAAGGCGACUAUCCUCUGCCCAUCGCACCCGCGUCUGACUUUAGACCUGCAAAGAGUAACUCGGCAUCCGAGGGUCAUUUCAAAGCUCCGGCCUGGUAUGCCAUAACUCAGGAGGAACCGCCCGGCCUUCGGUUCUUCAAUGAAGCAAGGAGAAGGUUUGGAUUUCUGAUGUGUGCCAACAACCUUGAAAGCUGUCAAUACUACCUUCUCUCCGCGCUUUAUUAUGCUCAGAUUGUUCGGCCGCUCGAUUCCUGGGCGCUCAUCAAUAGGGCUGCAGUCACCAUCUUGGCUGACAUUGGUAGUGCGGAUUCUAUAGACUAUGACUCUGAGGAGGGUGACAUGAUCUCUCGAGUCUUCUGGAAUGUCCUAAUGUAUGAGUCAAUACUCGUACAAGAGAUGAAUCUGCCAUCAUCCGACCUGCUGCACUACGAGGACACAGUUCCAUUGCCGAAAUUCACAGCGAAUCAGCGCCAGGUUCAUGGACCACACCGCGUGCUAUCGUCAGAUGAAGACGACUCGUACUUUCAUUACCACUUCCUGGCGCAAGCGACGCAUCGCAAGUUGCUCACUAGGAUUCGGAACAGCCUGUUCUUCGAUUGUAUGAGCUCCUUCUUAUCAGUGGUGGUGAAAGAGCUUCAUCAUCAGCUCGACCAGUGGCGAGCUAGUCUUCCAGAUGCCCUGCAGUUCGAUGAUAGUACGCAGGUCCGAAGACAAGCCAGCCCUGCCCAUGUUAUCGCGGAGGCUAUGCUCCGCAGCCGAUUUCUCGUGGCGAAAUUCCACAUCGGCAGAUUUUUCCUUCACCAGGUGCUGCAUCAUCCCAAUCAAGCCACAGCGGCAGAUUACGAAGAGUGCCGUCAAGCCUUACGCAGCGCCAUGUACUGGCCUGCGACUACUGGAACAUGCAAACCGAUGAAGAGCUGCAUGCUGCUCAAGUUUGGGUGGUUCUUCGGACAGUUUCUAUAUUUCUACGCCGCGUCAAACUCAUCGGACCCCCGGUUGCGAGAGGUUUUGCCUCCUGGCUGGCACAUCUGGUGGCAAGAGAUGCUCGGUCAUCUAGACUUCUGCGCCGGCUACAGCCCUGCAAUAGCAAAGGACCUUGAGCUCGUAAGGUUGCUGUCACCGGUCGAAUAG